UUUUACUUCGAUGUUGCAUAUUUUUCCUUUAAAAUGGAGACGCUGAAGAGAAAAAGAAGAUGUUUAUUCAUUUCUGCAACUUCUCCAAUCAUCUGAUGUAUAGGAUGCCAGUUAAUUCGCUCAAUAGCGUGACUUAUCCCACUGAUAUAACCAGGAGGGAAAAUAGAAAAUAAGCGUCUUGAAAUCCGCACUGGGUUGUGAGGUGAAAUCUAAUCAGAUUCAGCAGCGUUGAUGACUAAGACAAGGGACUUAAAGAAAAAGUUAAAUUUGGAAACGACAGCGAACGGGACUUUUAAAUAACCCCACCUCUGCCCCUCUGUGCAUGGAUGAUGGUCUACUUCAGUCUGCAGUCCACCGACGGGCUCCUCAGGAUGGAUCCACCUGGAAAUUGACCACAUGAGGUUCCCUUCGCCUUUUUGGAGAGGCUACUUUUCAACAUUUCAGUUAUACCGCAGAGAAAAUCUAGGCAGUGUUGCUUCACAUGGACCUGGUUCAUCACUUUAAGAAAACCUUGGACCCCUAGUGAGUAUCCCUUUUUCACCAGGAGAGUAGUUCCAACAAUGGCACUUGUGGGCGCCUUCGUGUUCUGUGUAUCCUGAAAAAGGAGGAAAUAUCGGAUGUGUUAUGAGCACUGUGAGAGUUGAAUGCAUUUUUAUGCAGACUGGUGUGUGGAUUACAUACAACGUAUGGAGCAAAAUGUGCCUGACAAGAAAAUAUCACCCCGGAUUCUGCCAAAUCGCCUGAGAAUUACGGAUGGUUUUUGGAUGCAGUUUUGUGCAAGGAGCUGGGAGCAUCUAAAGCAACGAUCCCUAACACUACAGGAGUCUUUAUGAACGAAAGGGCAAAGUGGAUUCAAACCAGAGGAGAGCAUUGGCAUUCCAUCCGGAUCUUACACAUAUUUCUCAGCCCAGGGACAGCUUUACGGUGGAUUGGAUGCUAACAUGAGGAUGACCGUAACCUUUUGGGAGUGCGAUUGAAUUGGCAGUGAGCCAGAAUCCUCUUUCCAAAGAGUGGACGACCAGUCAAUGAAUUAUGAAUGUUAAACAAGAUGACCUCCUCUCAGCAGCAGCAGAUGAUGCGAGGUCCUAGGUGGAACCGGGCCUUUUCCGACCCUUUGUUUGUGCUGCUUCUGGCCCUCCAGCUGCUUGUGGUGGCAGGGCUGGUACGUGCUCAGACGUGCCCCUCCGUCUGCUCCUGCAGUAACCAGUUCAGCAAAGUCAUCUGCACCAGGCGAGGCCUGCGGGAAGUCCCUGAUGGCAUCUCGACCAACACGCGCUACCUGAAUCUGCAAGAAAAUCUCAUUCAGGUCAUAAAGGUGGACAGCUUCAAGCACCUGAGACAUUUGGAGAUUUUGCAGCUGAGCAAAAACCACAUACGCAAAAUUGAGCUGGGAGCAUUCAAUGGACUGGCCAGCCUCAAUACCCUGGAGCUUUUUGAUAAUCGCCUCACCACUAUCCCAAAUGGGGCGUUUGAGUACCUGUCCAAACUAAAGGAGCUCUGGCUGAGAAAUAACCCCAUAGAGAGCAUUCCCUCCUAUGCUUUCAACAGAGUGCCCUCAUUGCGGCGCUUGGACCUUGGGGAGCUCAAACGGCUCUCCUACAUCUCUGAGGGAGCAUUUGAAGGGCUGAGCAAUCUGCGCUACUUAAACCUGGGAAUGUGCAAUCUGAAAGAAAUUCCUAACCUUAUUCCCCUGGUGAAGCUGGAUGAACUUGAGAUGUCGGGUAACCAGCUAUCCAUCAUCCGACCCGGCUCUUUCAAAGGGCUUAUCCACUUGCAGAAGCUAUGGAUGAUGCACGCCCAGAUCCAGACUAUAGAAAGAAACUCUUUUGAUGACCUGCAGUCAUUAGUGGAGCUAAAUCUAGCCCAUAACAACCUCACCCUCUUGCCCCAUGAUCUCUUCACUCCUUUACAUCGCCUGGAGAGGGUACAUUUGCACCACAACCCGUGGAAUUGUAACUGUGACAUUCUCUGGUUAAGCUGGUGGCUAAAGGAGAUGGUACCAGCAAAUACCAGCUGCUGCGCCCGCUGUAGCUCACCAACCCACCAUAGGGGACGAUACAUCGGUGAGCUGGACCAGAACUACUUUCACUGUUAUGCUCCUGUUAUUGUGGAGCCUCCCGCAGAUCUAAAUGUGACAGAGGGAAGCGCUGCAGAGUUGAGAUGCAGAGCAAGCUCCCUCACCUCUGUAAGCUGGAUUACACCCAAUGGUUCCAUCAUGACACACGGUGCGUACAAGGUCAGAAUCUCUGUGCUGAAUGAUGGCACUCUGAACUUCACCAAUGUCACCAUGCAGGACACUGGUACAUAUACAUGUAUGGUCAGUAACUCUGCAGGUAACACAACAGCAUCUGCCACGCUCAAUGUGUCGUCCACAGAGAACAGCAGCUUCAGCUACUUCACCACUGUCACAGUGGAGACUAUAGAGACGCCGCAUAAUGAAGCCUACACCACUGUGCAACAGAAGGUGACCCCCACCCCAUCUGCUGGUACAUGGGACAGUGUUUCACCCACUUCUACGACCACCACGACGACCACGGUCCGGACCCCGUUUAUCACUCACACCACAGAGAAGACUACAACCAUCUCUGUGACAGAGGUUGGCGGGGAGGGUUCACUGAACGGCCUGGAUGAGGUGAUGAAGACGACUAAGAUCAUCAUCGGCUGCUUUGUCGCCAUCACACUCAUGGCAGCUGUCAUGCUGAUCAUCUUCUACAAGAUGCGCAAACAGCACCACCAGCAGAACCACCACGCACCCACACGCACUAUUGAGAUCAUCAAUGUGGAUGAGGACUGUGUAACAGGUGGCCCAGGCAUGGAGGGCCACCUGACACUGCCUCCUCUUGAGCACGAGCACCUCAACCACUAUAACACUUAUAAGACUGCAUACAACCAUGCCACUAUCAACUCCAUACACAGCUCAGUGCACGAACCUUUGUUAAUCCGGGCCAGUUCAAAAGACAACGUACAAGAGACCCAAAUCUAACAGUUUCUUUUUUCAAAAUGAGACAUUAUAAAACUGAAGGAAUAACAUAAAGACAUUUCUAACCAGACUUUAGAGGCGAGCGGUUGUGAGGACUAUGGCUCAAACAUGAAGAAACAGACUUGUGUUUUGGGCAAAUCAGUGGCUGGUGAUGUUUGUUCCAUGACUUUGGGAAUUAGGGUAUGUCUACUGUUUCAAAAAGUGUCUUUACAAAACAGAAGUUAUUUAUUUAAGAAAAAAAGAACUAUUGUGGUUAAAUCAAGAAAAAACUGUAUUCUGCAAUUAUUUUUUCAGCACUUAAUUCAUUUUCCUUUUCUUUUUUAUCCUCCUCUCAUUUCACGGGAUUGGUUUACUAAUACGCCUUCAAACUCUGUGUGAAGACAUCUGUUGAAGAAAAACUCCUGAAGCAAAUUAUUGUUAUUUUCUUUGGAAACUGCAGACCUGGAAUCAGAUGAGAGGGUAACCUCAUUCUGCCUGUGUCAGUCAAAGGAAUCUAGAGCAUGAUAGUGAUAUUCUCCAGCUGUGGAUGAAGUGAGGAGAUCCCUCUCUACCACCUGUAAUGGAGAUGAGUGAACACGUUCAUUAUUUUGCAGUGAGUGGCACAACUGUCAGUCAGGAGAUUUUAACACGAUUCACUCUUCUUAUAUUUGUCACGUACAUAUAGGCACUACUGCUCUUUUAUCGAUAGACUGAAGAUUAUAAGUGAAGGAAAUAUGUCCUGCCUGCUGCCAUUGUAAACAAUGAGGCUCAUUAUAUAAGAAGAAAAAAUCAAGUAAAAAUUCAAUUUGUUGAAUUACUAUGUACGAAGCGCACACUUGUCUUUGUAUUUCUAGUGGAUAUGCAGAACACUAUUUGAUCCCUAUUUAAACUCACUUUCAAUUAAGUCAUUCUGAGAUAGUCUUAACCUUUUAUAAAAUAUAUUUGAUUGAAUUAGACUUGAAAUGAUGCAAGCACCACAAAUCAACAUAAUUCUUACUAAAAUAGAUACAGAAGUGAAGAUCAGAUGGCUUGUGAAGAUCUUAAAGAGUUGAAAAAGCCCACGAGCGCAAAAUGUUUUAAAUAUUUUUCAGCUUCACCUUUACCCUAAAGUCCUUUGUACUAUUGCAUAUGAAAAUCAUAACUUUGAAGCGCCUCUUUUCAGACUAGGAGAACUUACCUCAUCUGCAGCACUGCAGGUCCGAGUGCUGUCAGAAUCCCACUGAUGAGCUGAGAAAAGAGCCUAAACCUCCCUUUAUGCAGCCGUCUGAUCACAUCGCCUGUCAUCUGCGUGCCACAUUCUCACAUGGGCAGCGUCUGGCGGCCCCAUAUUCACACCCUGCCCCUGCCAACUGCAGGACUUGGCCCUUUUGGCUGCAGGGCUUAUUCUGUGGGAGGCUGCAGUGGUGAGCGUGUGGGGUCUGGCAUCUACCAGAUGUUUGGGAUGCACCUGCCUCUAUCCGUCUCCCUUAGCGGUAUCACAAUUUCCAUUUUAAUUGAUGUGCCUGUGGGCUGUAGAUGGACACAGCUCUCCAGACGGCCAUACCCUGGAAACCAUUUUCAAAGUCCCCACUGUGAGGAGAAAAAAAUAGCACCAGGAAGCAUAACAGCAGAGGUUAGGCAGGCAAAUAGGUGCAAGUUUUGCUCCUCUUAAAAUGUUGUACAAACUCAGCUCAUAAACACGUUGAGCCCAGCUUUGUGAUUUAGAAUAGGUGAAGUGUUUCAGACAAUUCAGUCAAGCAGAGUGCCAUUAAACCUCUGUUGUAAUUGGGGGGGGUGCACUUUCUGUGGACAAAAAUAACAGUUUGUUGUCAGUUUCAAACACCAAAUUCUUAUAUGCUCGAAAAGGCUUUGUGCAAAAUAUGUCAUUUUGCAUUUUGCAUUGGACAGAACUGUGAUCAGCUUUGACUUGUUGUUUUCACAGUGAAUUUCAAAGUGGCUCUUCAGAGCAGAAAUUUGAAUAGUUUCCUUUCACUACUUGAACUGUAUCCAACAUCUCGGCUGCACUGCAAAAUUCAAAUCUAAGCAAAUGUAUCUUACUCAUUGCAUGUUGAAAAUAUCACAGUAUCUCCAUGUACUUUAAGGCACAGUCACCUGACAAGUCCAGAUGAAAAUCCUUUUCAAAAGUACUAACUUAAUUGCAUAGUUUGAUCUUGGUUUAAAAUAAGUGAAAUUACAUAUUCCUGACUUGAAAUUUGAUUUAUUAGACUGCAAAAAGAGCGAAUACAUUUGCUUAGUUUUUCUUUUGUUGUGUGUCUGUACAGUUUAAUUCAGUGACAACACUGUCAGUGUCUAAUGAGCAGUAGUGUUGUUAAAACCACAAAUGUUGCAAUUUCAACCCACAAAUUUCUGGUACAGUUGGAUUAAAGUUAGACAAAAGAUUACCGGAAAAUCAUUCCUUCAAAAUCCACAAUUUAUGCCUUUUCUCGCAUCUAAAAACUUGGCUGCACGAGUGAGCCAAUACACCCCUCUUAAGUGCUGGGACUCAUGCUGCCGUGACCACGGGUGCAGCUGUCCUCAUCACACGUUGCAUGAUGUGAUUGAAAAUUCACCCCCAUUUAUUUUGUAUUGCAAACAAGCUGCUUGUUUGCUUCAAUGACACACACCAAUGCAGACUAGUCCAGCAGAAGGUGGCACUGCCCUUUAUCAACUUUUUCUCCCUUAUCAUGUCAAAAUCCUCCAUUGAAACAAAAUGGGGAUAUAUCUAUAAGUGAAAGAAGAUUGUGGACUGCUGGUUUGAUUGAAAAUAUACAUACCGGAACAACACUGCAGACCGUUCAUCUCCAACCACUCUCACAGACUGUUCAUCUGAAGCCAUGUAUCUCUGAACAUAAAUUUCAGGCUUAAACUUUUGAAAUAAAAUCAUAUUAAAUUUCCAUUUAGGGUUAGAGUAAAGGUUAGGAUUCAAAAAAUUAAAUCCUGACCUGAACAAAAUGAUUACAAAAUGUUCAGUGAAGUCCAGUUAACAGUCUGCUUUUGGUAAAAAAGUUCCUCCUCCAUGAAAACACUAAUGCAGCAAGUGUAGUUUAUGUAGUUUCUUUACCUCUGUUAGCUGCAUAAGCCAAAUAGAUAAAGUAACAAAUUUAACUACAUACAUAACAUUGCUACAUUGCUAACAUAGCUAAUGUAGCUAUGGAGCAUACAAAGCCAAAGCUAAGCUCACAAAGCAGCUUAGUAAACUACACAUCUACAUUUUCUAAGUAGAUAAAUUAGCUUUAGAUACAUUUGUUAAAGCUUACGUUGCUAGAGCUCAUGUUGCCUAACUUGCAAAAGCUAAUGUAGCUAACAUAGAUACGUUGCUAAAGUAGCUAAAGCUAAGCUCACAAAGCAGCUAUAUAAGCUAUAGGCACUGCGUUCAGCAUUAGGUGUGGAAAUCUGUUUUUUUCAUUGGAUCAGGAAUCCUGGAUCAUAUAUCUAUGUCUGAUGUCUGUGACAAAACAAACUACUUAAAAAUUGGUUAAAUUUUCUGUGAGUUCAUAGUGUUUAAAUCAGGUAUAGACCUCCCCCCGUCGUUGACUGGUAUUCAUCAUCUGCUUUAACUCCCCCCUUCGUGUGUUCUGAUGCCAUAUUUCCAAUGGAAGCUAGCAGCCCAGACGGUAUCUACGCAUUGAUAUCUAUGUUUGCUAAGGCCCACAUUGUUACAGCUAAUUUAGCUAUUGGUUUAUGUAGGAACAUUAAUAACAUAGCUAGUGUAGCUAUGUUAGCUUUGGCUAAACCUAAUAAAGCUAGAGUGAGCUAUGGUUCGUGAAAAUACUUCUAAAAUGGGUCUAUCCAUAAUUUAAUUGAACCUCUGACCUUUUUCUCUAUAUUAUUUAUGGAAUGUUGCUAAGUCCGUAAUGUUUGCAAAAUGAUUAUUUCAUGAAUGUAACCACCAGACUUUGUUUAUGAAUAAAGUUGAAUUUGAAAAAAUAUACAUAUAAAACUAGAAAUACAUUGUACCAGCAAAUUAGGGCACCCCAACUCUGAAAUACAUGCAGUCUCAGAUGAGCAGUCUGUUAAAGUGGUUGUCAGAGAUGUACAAUCUGCACCCCGACCCCUCUCCACAGGAAGACAGAUUUAACUUUUUUCCCCUCUGGGAGAGGCCCAGUAACUCACUGCAGCUAAUUUGCAAGUGCAGUUUAUAAUCUGGAUUUUACAGUAGUAUUUUGAGAAUAAAAAUCAUGUAGUAAGGCAAAACUGACACUGGACCUAAGAGACAUCUUUGAAGGUCACAAAGGUAAAAUGU